CGCAAACCCCGUCCGGACUCUGUAGUAAUCAUUAAGCCUCAGUGGUUGUCGUAGUGCUGUGACACAGUAGCGGCAGCAGUGGAGCUGACGGGACUUUUUGGGCAGAACUCUGAGCUGGAGGGAGUGGGCUCGCUCUGUGAUUGGCUGAGCAGCGCUACGUGUACAUCAGUCAGCUACAGGUAGCCUACAUGUGACGGUUGUCUGAGUGUGUUUGAGUGUGUUUGAACGUGUGUGUGUGUGUGUGUGCGAGUGUGUGCUGCACGGCGACGCUCUGCUGCUUCUCCCUCUGGUCUUUACUUUACAUGAUGGUGCUUUGAAUGACCGGCUGCAUGGUGAAGAUUUUUCUGUAAACACUCAGGAGGAGGAAAGUUAGUUUUAACUUCUAAGGCCUGUGGAAGCUGUGAGAUCUAUACUGUCAAAUUGAGCAUCAGGUGAAGGAGGAAGCAGGAUGAAGUCCAAGGGGAAGGCUGUGAAACCAUCGAGGACGACCUGGUCUGACCCCGAGCCAGAACUCGAACCGGACACUGAACCAGAACCAGGCUCCAGUGAGCAGGAGGGCUCUGAGGCCUCGGUCCGGAUCGGUGGUUCGUGGAGGGGGUCACUGAGAGGCGGGGAUGGCAAGCGUCAAGGAGGAGUGGGCGGUGGCCGGCGCCGCAGGCAACACGGCUCCAGCAACAAGGAACGAAGUGUCCGGCGACUAGAGAGCAACGAGCGGGAACGCCAGCGCAUGCACAAGCUCAACAACGCCUUCCAAGCAUUGCGCGAGGCCAUCCCCCACGUCAAGACUGACAAGAAGCUGUCCAAGAUCGAGACACUGACCCUGGCAAAGAAUUACAUCAAAUCCUUAACCACCAUCAUCCUGGACAUGUCAGGGGCCUCCCUGCCUAAUGGUGGGGUCCCAUCAGAGACCAGCACUGCCAAGCUGCUUCAGUGCUACCAGCAGCACCUGCAGGAGGGUGGGGAGGACGAUCUCACCCAGUACCUCACCCAUGUGCACAGCUUCAGCCAGCGCAGCUAACAGUGGCUGCAAAAGAUGGUUUAGAGACCACUGGAGCCACCAGGAGGCUGUUUCCAAGGCCUCGCAAGACUUUAGGGCUGAAUCUCAAACAAUAUUCAGUUCUUAAAGGCCCACUGCUGUGGGAUCUGAUCGAAAGUGGUGUUCACUGUAGGAACUGGGUGCUGUUCCAGAUCAUAGACCUCUGACAAUAAACCCAUGUACCCACUCAUAGCAAGAGGUGGGCUGUCCAGACCUUGCCCUUCAUGCAUAAGAAUUGAGGACCAUUUACCUAUCAGACACAUACAAACACAAAGACUGGACAGUAACUAGAGGGACAGCGGCUAUGAGGAGUGAAAUUUCUUAUUGUACCCACAAAGGAAGGGCUAACCUUUUGCCAUUCUGUCUCUUUAUUUUCGCCUUCUGUGGUAGCAGGAACUUCUCUUCUCUUUUAUGUUAUCUUGUGAUCUUCUUGUGUGUUUUCUGUUGAGAAACCUGUUCAUCGUAGCCUUGAGUCAUAACUGUCACAUCCAAAAGAAAGGCAAGCAGUAUGCCUAAAUAUUGAAAUUCUGAAGCUAGAAAGUGUGUUUGCUCACUUGCUCAUCAGGAUGAUUCGCCAAUUUGAGAGCGCGAUUGACUUGUCAUCUUAGAGGUUAUGUGCUAAUAGCUGGAAGGGCCAUGUGAUGUUCCAAGUGUAUUUGACUUUUUGUAUGUCGAGGCAGGACACUGUAGUUAAAAAGAGGAGAUGAGAAACUAUUUGGGAGUUAUUAUCAAUAAACACAUUUAUUUAUUGA